CUCGCAACAGCCAGCUACGCGCCUUUGCACACGGAGCUUGUCGCCCAUCUUCUUAUCCGCAAGCCCUUCCGCCAUUGCAACAACGCCAGUGAUCCGCGCGUCCGAAAUCGCGUGUCGUUGCGAUAGUUGCACCCUCUCGUAUUAAAGUCGCAGCUAUCCUGCUCGCACGUGUAACCACCCUGCAGCCGCACAGUCGCGUUUGCAGUGUUCCAAACACCUGUUCGAGCCCAGCCAAACAACCAGCGAACCCUUCUCAGCGCUGUACGAACCGUCUUGCCAUUGUAUGCAUUGACCGCUCGUCGCGCGUGCACUGUCCAGACCUGACGGCGUCGCUGAGACUGACCACUUGGACCCUCCCCUCCAGGUUGAACCCGACAGCGUUUCGAAACAGUGGCUCGUCUCCUAUUUCUGUGAUACAUCAGCAGCCAUGGAGUCUGAACGUUCCGUUUCCACCACCUUACCAAGGAACUUCAUGUUCCACUACCGUGACGGCCCUGCUCCACAAACACCAGAGCCAGAGCCGCAACCAGAGCAACUGCAGCCACCGCCGCCGCCCCGCCAAGUCCUCAAGGUCCGCCGCCGCCGUGCCACCAUGGUCAUGAACCCCGACGACAUGGACGCAGUCAUGCAUCAACAACCCAUUCCCACUAUUGAAGCGCCGGAAAUCAUGUCGGAAACCCCGAGUGAGCUGCCAUCCUACUCUCUGUCUCAGGACGACGCCUUUCUGUCUCCAGGCUUCAGCUAUACUCGUAUGAUCUCUCCGCCAAAGACUCCUGCUCACCAAGUGAGAACCAUCAGCCACUACGAAGGACCCCAAGACUGGUCGGACGUUCCACACGUCAGCCAGAGUGAGACCUCUAGUAGACCCACCUCAUCAUCCGGCUUCUCUGAUUCGUCUCUUUCGUCUUGUGACAGCAUUGGAUCCUUCAUGUCAAGAAGCGGCAGCUGCACAAGCCUAGAAGAUGAAUCGUCUGAUCCAUUCUCCUUCUGCCCGCCACUACCGCAAAUUCAACGGCCGGUCUCGCCAUUGAUGAACCAACAGCCAACACGCUCUGCCAAGAAGCUGAAGCUAAGGGCCAACUUCACAGAGGAAAUGGACUACCACCUGUGGAUGACUUACAUGAAUUACCUGCAGGACCCCACAGUGACGCCCUUCAAAGCUCUUCCGAGCACUACACCACCGAAUGGUGUAUGUCACCGCGUGGCGAGGAUGGCUCGAAAGACUUGGAAGGGCCCAAGGCAGGCCCGCGUUGGCGGACUCCGUGUACAGACUCAACUUGGCCAGUACGCUGGUACUCCAAAUGCCAUGAAGACGACCAAGAGUGGCAAGUCCUUCGUGCGGUACCCUACUGAGAAGCAAUGCCGAAAGCGUCUGCGAGAUUUGGCCAAACAGAAACCUACCUUGUCUGCACACUACCAGCGUCUCCUCCAUCGAUCACCCUCACCGCUUCAAUCCUCUCCGCCUCCAGAGGAACCGCCGUCGCAACCGUCGCAAUCAUCGUCGUCUUCGGUGCCGCAACAACCUUUGUCUUCGCCUUUCUCUCAGGGAUCGACGACCUUCUCGACCCGUGACAUGAACCUCUCGCUAGCAACCAGUACUGCUGCAUCGAUGCAGUUGGGCAACCCACUGUCACAACUCACCAAGGAUAUUACGCCACGACCGACAGCGAGGACAUGGUCAAGUGCCCGAUCUUCUGCUCAUCAGAAGUCGCAGUCGCUCCAUAUCGGGCUCGGCCUUGGGCUAGGCACUGCACUAGGCUCUCCCUUCCACGCAAAGCUCGAGGCCAACAAGCUCAGCAUGAGCCAGAAUAGCGCACGUACUUGGCACGCAUCAUCGACGUCUCAGCCACCACGUCUAGGCUCUCCUUUCCAGCUACACGCACCACGACCAAAGUCCAAGGUGUUCAAGCGCCGUGCCCUUCACAGCAGCUUCGAAGGGAGGGUGCGUAACCGAGGAGAAAGCUUCGUCAACGAGAUCUUUGGAGCUCCAGCAGAAUCGAGCCACCGCGGUGUCAGGAACCGUGGCUUCAGCCUGGGCGACAUGACUGAAGGAGCACGACGCCUUCCUCUAGCCAACGACCCUUCGGGCUUCAACCCAUUUGCAGACUCUCGUUCUGCGCUGCCGAGUCCACACUCACCCGCGGUGGCAAAUGAUGUGCUCGGUCAAUCUACUGCUCGCCUAGGUUCACCAUUUGUCAGCCGGUCAAACAACAUGUUCCCUCGACCGACCAUGUCGCACAGCUUCGAGGCUCCCGCAUCGUUUGAGCAACGGUUUGCCGGUAUGCCUAGUGAUGCUACCCGCUUACAGCGGCCGUAGGGUUCGACGACGAUUUCUUCCAGUUUGUUAGUGUGGUCAAGCACAACGACUGCAUCAUUGGCGUUACGACGGUCAGCCUCUUGUGCUGUGGCAGAAUAUACUUGCCAAUCUGCUCAGGAUGGCGA